AUGAAUCGUCAUCAUAUUAUAUUUAAAUAUGAUUCAAUAAAAGAUGAUUUAGUUAUACAAUUAGCAUUUACUAGUGCAUUAAGUGAUGAUCGUAAAGAUUGGAUUAAAUGGCAUACAGAAGAUGAUGGCCUUAAACCUGGCCAACGUAAAAUAAUCUUUGUUUGUUUUACAAAAAAUUUAAUACGUGAAAUAAAAGUUGCACAAUUAGCUGGUAAAGUUGCGAAAAAUUCUGCUUAUCAUCAUGGUGAACAAUCAUUAACAAAUACAAUUGUUGGUCUUGCACAAAAUUUUGUUGGUUCAAAUAAUAUUAAUUUUCUUGUACCAGCUGGUCAAUUUGGUAGACUUUUACAUGGUGGUAAUGAUGCAGCUUCAGCACGUUAUAUAUUUACUCGACUUAGUCCUCUUGCUUUAUUAUCAUUUAAUAAAAAUGAUGAACCAUUAUUAUCAUAUUUAAAUGAAGAUCGUAUCAGUAUUCAACUUGAAUGGUAUUGUCCAGUUAUUCCAACUGUUCUUGUUAAUGGUGCACAAGGUGUUGGAACUGAUUAUUCAACUGAUAUACCAUCUUAUAAACCAUUAACAUUAAGUAAUAAUAUGAAAUAUUAUAUUCGACAAGAAGAUGAACGACAACGACAAUUAAAUAAUCCAACAAGUCAACCAAAACAGUAUCCAGAUGUAAUUACAUUAGAAGAAUUAAUUCCAUGCUAUAAAAAUUUUACUGUUGAAAUAAAAUUAUUAGAUAAUGAUCGUACGUGUGGUGUUAUUAAUGGUGUUUGGUCUAAACUUGAUGAAACAUCUAUUGAAAUAACUGAUUUACCAAUUGGUACAUGGACAUAA